AUGGCGUCCAUAGAGCUCAACGAGAAAUAUGACCACUAUGACUACCCCAUUGAGGGGCCCGAGCCUCUCGAGGGUCACAACGGAAACUUGAAGCCCGAUCAGCAGGCCAAGAUUCACCAGCUGCGUAUGAUGCUUGAGGCGGAGGGUGUCACCGAGCGCCUGGAUUCACUGACUCUGCUGCGAUUCCUCCGAGCACGAAAGUUCGACGUUGAGCUUGCCAAGCAGAUGUUCCUCGACACCGAGAAGUGGCGCGCUGAGACCAAGCUUGACGAGAUCCUUCCCACCUGGGACUACCCCGAGAAGCCUGAGAUCUCCAAAUACUACAAGCAGUUCUACCACAAGAUUGACAACGAUGGACGCCCCGUUUACAUCGAGACCCUCGGCGGCAUCGACCUGACGGCCAUGUACAAGAUCUCGACUGCUGAGCGCAUGCUGACCAACCUUGCUGUCGAGUACGAGCGCGUGGCUGACCCGCGUCUGCCUGCCUGCUCCCGCAAGGCUGGCCACCUCCUCGAGACGUGCUGCACCAUCAUGGAUCUCAAGGGCGUCACCCUCACAAAGGUCCCCCAGGUCUACUCAUACGUCAAGCAGGCGUCUGUCAUUUCCCAGAACUACUACCCCGAGCGUCUGGGCAAGCUGUUCCUGAUCAAUGCCCCCUGGGGCUUCUCAACUGUCUGGGGUGUUGUCAAGGGCUGGUUGGACCCUGUCACCGUCAAGAAGAUCAACAUCCUCGGAAGCAGCUACCAGAGCGAGCUGAAGAAGCACAUCCCCGCUGAGAACAUCCCCAAGGAGUUUGGCGGUACCUGCGAAUGUGCGGGUGGCUGCGAGAACAGCGAUGCCGGCCCAUGGCACGAUCCUCAGUGGGCUAAGCCUGCCAAGUGGGAGAAGGCUGGUGCCACUGCCACCACCACUGCCCCUGCUCCCGUUGUUGCCGAGGAGGUCGUCGCUACUGAUGCGGCACCUGCUGCGGCUUAA